GCAGGUUGGCAAGUCAGCUCCCGUGUCUGGUGGACACACACUUGUGCCAACAUGGCGGCCACAGUUUCCGUCUGUGGUCAACUCUGGGUGCUGACCGUCCUGACUCUUGUACAUCAUAGUCUUCCAGCUCCCGUAUUCUUAAACGCACCGUUCGUGGCCAACAUCAGAUACGACGAAGACGUGGGUCAUAUUGUGACCACAGUUACUGCAGUCGAUCCAGGCCUCCAGGGUUCCUUGAAGUAUGACAUGAACGGCCUCAUGCCCGCUCCUGGCUUCUUCGCUGUAAACAGAGACAGAGGUGUUAUCAGGGUGGCUGCAUCAUUAAGAAGCGACACUCUCACGUCGUACAUUCUGAACGUAGAGGUCUACGACUCGGCUCAGCCUGGGACAAAGACGUCGACUAACGUUACUGUCAAGGUCAACAGAAACCCUGAGCCGCCUACCCCCACCACCCAGACGUUGGAAGCAAGCAUCCUGGAGACGAAAAGGACGGGAUCCAGCGUGCUGAUGGUGUCGGCAGUUGAUCCUGACAAGACGGCCGUGCAUUACGACUUGGUUGACACUCGAGCUGACCAGCAGAGUAGCCAGUACUUCAUGGUGGACGACAAUACCGGCAGCGUUAUGAUCAGGAGGUCACUCACCCUUGACCCGGCCAGAAACACAACCUACAAUUUCGGAGUGAGGGUGACGGAUUCUGGCGUGCCCCCAAGGACGAGCGAGUCCCUUGUCAGUGUGACGGUCAACGUCGUGCGGAACACGUUUACUCCCGCCUUCAUCGGCCUGCCUUACACCGCCAACAUCAACAGAACAGCACAACCUGGCGACAACAUCCUCUUUCUCCUUGCUGUUGAUGCCGACAGUGCGUCAUCGUUUUCUACGCUGCGGUAUUCCACUUGCGGGAGUAUCCAUUCCGACAUGUUUGCAGUCAACCCCGACACUGGGGAAGUCUCGUUGAUUGGGAAUCUGAACGAGACUAAGCAGUAUCGUUAUAGGUUCGAGGUCAGGGUGGAAGACGGCGGCAGCCCGCCCCUUUCAGCCACCACCAUCGUAGAGGUGAGAGUCGACUACAACUUGUACGACCCAACGUUCCAGGCCGUAUUCUACACUACACGCAUUACAGAGACCCUUCCCGUACAGUCCAGCGUGUUGAACUUCACAGUCGCCGAUGAAGAUGGAGAGGGACCAGAGGGAGAAAUAGAGCUGACUAUCGACGACCCAGUUGCUUCUAACUUCUUCAGGGUUGAAACACUAUCACGUUCUCAAGGCUUGAUAACGCUCCGACAGUCACUGAUUCAAGACGAAACCAGGCGUUACCAGUUUGGGGUGACGGCGGUUGACAAGGGUUUCCCUCCAAGAUUCGCCACCACGUCAGCGUCCAUUGUUAUUGAAGUUCUACGGAAUAAUUUCGCACCACGGUUCCUAAAUCUGCCCUCACAGAUUUCAAUCCCGGUGACUGUCUCAGCUGGUGUGAAUAUCUACGUCGUCUCUGCCGUAGAUGCUGACACACAGGCACCGUUCAACAACGUCAACUACACUCUGAUCGGAGAUGACCCCGCCCCUCUUUUCUUUAGAGUGAUUCGUGAUACCGGUCAAAUAAGGCUGUCGGGAACGUCGUUCUCACGUGAUCAAGCGACAUUGUACAGGCUCCGUGUAUUGGCCCAAGAUGGUGGAACCCCUCGCAGGAGUGCGGUAUCCACACUUGUAAUCAAUGUGGACCGGAAUCAGUUUUCACCGGAGCUGCCGUCCCAGUCAUACAGCGCGACCAUACUCACCAGCCAUCCUGUCGGGUACCCACCGUUCCUGCAGCUGACGGCAGUUGACAGAGAUAUUGCUGAGCCGUACAAUAUUGUGAGAUAUUCAAUCGCCGGAGACGCGAAGUUUCUGGAAUAUUUCUUCAUCAACCCAGACGACGGUCAGAUGUCCGUGAAGAAAAAUUUACAGAAAGAUCCCAGUCAGCCACGCCAGUACAAUGGGAUCGUCCAAGCCUGUGAUGCAGCACCAAACCCACGCUGCACCACCGCCACCGUCGUCGUGACCGUUGUACGCAAUGACAAUCCACCGUCUUUCGCCAACAUGGACGACUACAUCGUCAGCAUCAACUCGACAGACAUGGAAAUUGGAUAUUCUGUACUGAAGAUAGUUGCUGUGGACAGUGACACGAACGUUACUGACAACACCGUGAACUAUAAACUCUUCAACAUAGACGACACUGUUGAUUAUUUCGUCAUCGACUCCAGCACUGGUAACGUAACAGUCAAGGCAGUGCCGCCUCUCACAAGUGACAGGACGUUUGAGCUAUGGGUCGAGGUUUGCGAUAUCGGCAUGCUCUGCAACAGAACGGUUGCCAGGGUAACCGUGCUGACCAACUUCCACGCCCCAGUGUUUACACCAAAACAAUAUUCGGCCAGCGUCUCUGAGACAGUUGGAUAUGACAUUCCCAUAGUGACAGUGACCGCGACAGACGCUGAUUUAACGGAACCCAACAACCGAGUCAGCUAUCAACUGAUCUUCCAGCAGACUGAGUGUUUUUCUAUUGAUGACAUAUCAGGGGUGAUAUCAAUUAAAAGAUCCCUGUUGGAUGCUGACUGCAGUGGCGACUCUUACUUGGCACGGGUACAGGCUGUUGAUGGUGGAGCGGUCCCUCGGUCCAGUACAGCUGAAGUAUUCAUCACGGUCAGACGGAACGUAUAUGCUCCAGUCUUCACCAGCAGCUCUUACGAUCGCACUAUCCAGGGUCAAGUUAUGUCUGGCACAGUUGUGCUUAGUGUGACAGCCACCGAUAACGACGUUCUGGCUCCGUUUAAUAGACUGACAUACUCUAUGUUUGGUCGGGACAGCACCCAGUUCCUCAUCAACCCCAACUCUGGUAUGGUAGUGGUUCAGUCACCUCUACAGACUGACAGGCGUGAGGGAUACACGUUCUUCGUCGUGGCAAAGGAUGGGGGAACCCCAGCCCUCUCUGCAACAGCGUUGGUUGAGAUUUCGGUACAGUGGAACUUAAACGCGCCCACUUUCUCCCAAAGCACCUACUCUGUGGCCAUUUUGUCCACUCAGACGCUGAACACACCCAUCACCACUGUCUCCGCUGUAGAUGCUGACGUCUCGGCUCCCAACAAUGUCGUCAGCUUCAACGUCGUUGGCUCCAGUGGUUUUAACAACUUCUUCACCAUCGACCGGACUGGGAAGGUGCUCGUCACGAGGGACCUGAGAGCAAAUCCCGUUAAGCAAGCGGUAUACCAGGGAAGUAUCAACGCGUGUGACGGCGGUACAACUCAGCUAUGUUCGCCAGCACUUGCUAACAUUAUUAUCAGUGUCACCUACAACAACUUCGCUCCCUCCUUCGUUGGUGACAACAUGAAUCAGACUGUGACAUCCACCCAACCACCCAACUCACUCGUAAUGCAAGUCGUGGCCACAGAUCAGGAUCCGCCUAGCUCACCGUUCGGCCAGGUCAGAUACAAGCUGCUCAAUAAAGACGAGACAUUAAACUUCCUCACAAUCGACAGCAUCAGUGGUAAUCUGACCCUCAGACAAUCACUGGUUGGUUCACAGAAACGGUCAUUCCAGCUCUUCGUAGAAGCAUGCGAUCUGGACCAACUGUGCACCACAACAACUGCGACUGUCUAUGUCAUUACCAAUCUAUUCCCUCCCGUAUUUCUGCCGCCCUCAUCGGAAACCAUCCCCGAAACAUGGACCAUUGGUCGGCCCCUGCUCACGGCAAGUGCUAUCGACAGAGACACUACGGCUCCGGACAACGUUGUGGUUUACUCGAUAGCUGGAAGUGCAGAGGCGAUGAAUUGUUUCGCUAUGAACCCUCAUAGAGGACAUCUGACCGUUAAACGUUCCCUCUUGGAUGAUGAAUGCAAUCAGACAAACUAUGUGAUACAAUUACGGGCGAUGGACAGGGGGAAUCCACAACUUGUAGCAACAGAAGAGACGGUCAACAUCACGGUCAUCAGGAACAAGUAUACCCCACAGUUCAUCAGCGACACUGACUCCAUCUCAGUCAGGGGAAAUGUCAGCACGGGCGACAUCGUAUACACAGUUACCGCAGUGGACGGCGAUGAGUAUACGUUUGGUAAUGUCAGCUACGAGCUGAUUGGGGACACGGAGACGUUGACCUACUUCAGGGUAGAUCCUGCCACCGGAGACCUUAUCACCAUCGGGAACCUGACAGACACCAGAAAGACUGUCCUGUCUGCAAGAGUUCUUGCCCGUGACGACGGAACACCUCCGCGUGAAAACAUCACCGUUGUUAACAUCGACGUCAUCAACAACCACUACGACCCAGUAUUCACAAGGUCAUCAUACGACAUAACUAUCCCAACGACCACGUCCCGCGGCACCGUUCUCACCACCGUCAACGCUGUCGACCGGGACACGGUAUUGGAGAACGGUGAUGUGGAAUACUUGCUCAAAGACUCCGAAAGCUCCAACAAUGACUUCUGUGGCAUCGACAGGGAGACUGGGGCGGUUUAUCUCUUGAAAGAUCUCUCCGGCACAUCAGCGUUCAAUUGUCAGAUAGAAGCACGUGACAGGGCACCUGAGCCUCGAUCUGAUACAGCACUGGUUAAAGUCGCUGUUCAGCAUACGCAACCGUUGACCUACGCAAGGUCCGACAUCAGUGUAACCAUCAACGAUAAACUAGAUGUCGGCAGGUCCUUCGCGCAAGUGGCGGUCGAACAAACGGCAACGGUAACAUAUUCCCUGACUGGCACCGACCGUGCGCCGAUUUUCUUUGAGGUCAACCACACAACGGGGGCUAUAUCUGUAUCAACAAAAUUAACCUCUGACCCCGAUGAAUUAUCGUCUUAUCUUUUGUUGGUUGAAGCUAAAAGCUUAGAUGGCCAGUCAUCAGCAACAGCGUCUGUGAACGUCACCGUCGUGCGAGAGAACAACGACCCGGUGUUUUUGCCAAGCCGCUAUUCAAUUACUCUGCCAGAGGAUACAAUACCGGGCACCAGCCUUAUAUCAACUACUGCCGUGGACAGUGAUGGGGAUAUCAUCCUGUACAGCAUCAAUGGACCUGGUAGCGAUCUGUUCCUCAUGCACCCGCUCACAGGAGAAGUCUUUCUAAGGACAGAUCUAAAAGAAACCACAAGCAUGAGAUACCAGUUGAGUCUACACGCCCGCAGCGUGGGUACUGAAGAGCCAGAUCCGAUGGGGACUCUCACUGUUAACAUUGUUCGAGACACCAGUGCGCCUUUCUUUGUUGGAACUCCUUACAUGGCAACCAUCAGAUUCUCAGCAUCGGUGAAUGACACUGUGAGGCGCGUGGUCGCACAGGAUCCCGAUUUAAACGGAGUUCUGUCAUACGAUAUUGGAGGACUGCAAUUCAAGGACAAGUUUGCUAUUAACACUCAAACAGGGGAGAUCACCGUGGUCGGAAACCUGCCACGUGACACAGAAACCUACAGGUUGAUCGUGGUCGCAUACGACAGUCGCUACCCAGAAAACAAGGCAACAGCGACUGUUACGAUCAACGUGAACGUCAACCCCAAUACACCAGUCUGUCAACCAUCCUCCAUUCGAACAACCUUAACCGUAAACGCCACCCCAGGCGACGUCAUCGCUGACGUCAAUGCAACGGAUGCUGAUGGGGAUGACGUCACCUAUACCUACGCCAAUAGUGACAGAGAAAUCAAUGAUCAGUUUUAUCUUGACUCGACAAACGGGAAGCUGUUCCUCAGGCGUGCCUUCACGAAUACCAGGACGUCAUACACAUUCUCAGUGCGUGCAGCUGACCAGUACGGCAAGUUUUGUGUUGCACCCGUGUCCGUUUCCGUUCUGUCCGACACACCACCAACGUUCACCAAUAGCCCUAGUACAGUAACCAUUUCGGAAAACAGUCAACCAGGGGAAUCAGUUGUCACGGUGACUGCACAAGACAGGGACUUGAAGGGUUCUCUUGCAUACGAGAUAACGGGACAACUCAGCGCGCCCGCGUUCUUUGAAGUGGGAAGAAAUACAGGCUUGAUCAAACUUAAAUCCUCCUUGAAGAAUUCUUUAGAGUCGAGAUUCACGAUUCUGGUGACAGUGUUCGACACAGCGGCUCCCACAGUGGUCACUACAGGGACGGUGCAGGUCAACGUCAUCCGGAACGUAAACGGACCAGUCUGGUCGUCGUCUUCAUAUAGUGCAACCAUAACGGAAAUAACCCCUGGAGGCAGCGACAUCUUGAACACCACAGCCGUGGAUAACGACGGCGACAGCAUAAGGUAUGAAUUUGUCAGAGGAUCGAACACAGAAUAUUUCCGAAUCGACGUGGACACUGGCACCAUUAGCCUGCGGAGUUCCCUGACCGCCGAUACAACUGGACGUCAAGUAUACAUACUUCCAAUAAUUGCCCGAGACCAGAGAGCUCUUGAGAGAAGUACCACCGCCACUGCCACCAUCAACGUCCGUCGGGACAGCCAGCCCCCUGUAUUCAUAAACUCCCCGUAUUCCUCGACUAUGGCAGAGUCGCCCCCUGUCAAUACUAUCAUCAUCGCUGUAUCCGCUACUGACAGAGAUUUACAGGGUAAGAUGCAGUAUGAGCUGACGGGCGACGAUGUUGCAACGUCGUUCUUCCGCGUUACGCCUGACCGCGGACAGAUUGUUGUCCACAGAGAUCUUAAGCUGGAUAACUCAAUGUCCUAUACUAUUACGUUAAAAGCAUACGAUUCGGCGUAUCCUGCCAACGCUGCAACGACAACGGUGAUGGUUUUCUUAGAACGGAAUGCCAACAUACCCGUCCCUUCCCAACCCUUGUACUCUGCACGUAUCCCAGAGAACACCCCUCCAGGAACAUCGCUGCUCACUGUCACCGGCGUGGAUGCGGACGGGGAUACCCUAUCGUACAGGAUUGUACGAAGUGAGAAUGCUACCCAAGAAUACUUCAGGAUAGACGAGAAGACCGGAGUGUUGACAGUAGGGGGCGAUCUUACCUCCCCGCUAGUUCCGUCAACGGUGAUGGUUAGGAUCUCUGACGACGGAGUGCCACAGAAAUACUCGGUUGCCUCCGUGAGGGUGACCUUAAUCAGAGAUUCAUCUUCCCCGCGCUUCAUUAACACGCCUUACUCAGCCAACCUCGUCGACACUGUCGCCGUCAACACCACCGUCAUCAUCGUAGCAGCGACUGACGGGGAUCUCUUGGGAUCUAUGAAAUACAAGAUAAAAGAAGACAGUUUGGCAAAUGUCUUUUUCUGGGUCGACGCUGACACAGGGGUAGUGUACACAAGGAGACGCCUAACACUCACCAAUCUGGACAGGUUUGAUGUUGAGGUGAUGUCCCAUGACUCGGCGUUCCCGGGCAAUAUUGCAACUACCGAGGUUGCUGUCAGCAUCACCAAUACCCAGGCCAACGACAACACUAACGGCCCAGUCUUCAGCGCGUCCGACUACGCUGUCACCGUGUACGAGUACGUUGACUGCGGCACCUCCAUCCUCCGUGUCACCGCCACAGAUGCUGAUGGGGACGCCGUUCAGUACCGGAUCAUCCACAGACCUGGCGACCCGUCAUUGGUGAACAUCGACCCCGCAAACGGCGACAUCUAUGUUCGGCAGUCACUGGCCACGUUUGAAGAGAACACAUACAUGUUCACGGUAGAAGCGACUGACCAAAGGCGCGCUCCCAGGACAUCCCGAGUCGUUGUCAACGUCAAUAUAGAACAGGACGUCCCCAUCCUCAUUGCCAACCUGCCGUCGACUGUCACAGUCAACGAAAGCAUGGCUGUCGGUGAGAGCGUCUACACCAUGCAAGCCAUUGAUCGUAAUGGUGUGGGAUCCGUGCGGUAUGAAGUUGUGGGUGACAUCAUCGCCGUGCAGUAUUUCAACGUCACUGACACCGGCGACGUGAUUGUUGCAGCGUCUCUCCGCGACAUCAAAACACAGACGUUUACGCUUCAGAUAAACGCAUGGAAAACCAACAGCUCCGCCAAUGUGCCCAAAGUGCAGGGUACGCUGAACGUCAACGUCAGAAUCAACGGCAACGCCCCAGUGUUUACCAAUGACCCCUACAGUGUCACCAUUUCGCCUGACCUGCAGAUUGGGGAGGAGAUUACUGCAGUAAAUGCUUUUGACUGGGACAGGGACAACGUCACGUACAGCUUAGACGGCGGUAGCGACUACCUCUACAUCCAUCCUGUAACCGGCUCCGUAAUAUUGACGAAGUCCCUCACGAACGUCAACAUUUCACAGAUUGUGACCACGGUGAAAGCUGUAGACCGGAUGCUGUUUCCAAGGGCAACGACCACAGUGUUGACAGUAAACAUUCGGUCAAAUGUCAUUUACCCUGAGUUUGGCUCAACACCUUAUGAUAUAUCUAUACCGGAUACUAUGGCUGUGCAGUCGUCAGUGUUCACUGUGUAUGCCAUAGAUAACGAUCUAAAGGGUCAGCUCAUGUAUGACGUGACCGGAGUGUACCCGGCGCCCUACUUCUUCAGCCUAAGUCCUUUUGGUCGUAUUACCUUGAUCAGGUCACUGACAACAGAUACCUUCCCAUCUAGUCGAUAUGACUUGAGAAUUGUUGCCUUCGACGCCACGGCGCCCGAAACACGCGGUACCGUGACCGUCACCAUCAACGUGGUCCGAAACCCAAAUAGACCGAUGACGCCUCAAGCUCUGUACCGGGUCAAUGUGUCCGAGGUGGCGAGCCUGGACGAGGUGCUAUUUACUUUGGUCGCAACAGACCUGGACGGGGACGACCUGACAUACCGGCUCAGUGGCGAAGAUACCUACUUCAACAUCAACGACACGGGCGACAUCUACCCAACAAGAAGCCUGAUUGGGCUCGGCGGCAACAGUUUUUUCUAUACGGUGAGCAUCACGGACAGCGGCCGACCGUCCAAGACAACAGAGGUGGGACUGACAGUCACUGUUUUGUCAGGUGUACCCGUCUUCUCAGCCACCCAGUAUGACGUCACCAUCAGAGACGAUGCAGGUGCAGGGACGUCAGUGACCACAGUAACUGCUCAAACCCCACUACAGGGACGAGUCACGUACGAUGUGGGUGGAUAUGGACUGGCGCCGGUGUUCUUUGAAGUGGACAAGGUAACGGGGUUAGUGACCGUCGCCCGUAAUCUGAAGCAAGGAACAGAUAGCCUUUACACUCUGACAGUGCUCGCAUACGAUGGUGAUUAUACAAACUACUACAGUGCCGCCAACGUCACCAUGAGAGUUUUGAGGAACAUCAACUCCCCACUCUUCGUCAGCCCUACAUACCAAGCUAGCAUAGAAGACGGUAUGGAGCUUGGAGCUGUGGUCACGUCAUCAAUAUCUGCCACGGAUGAUGACGGGGACACUGUGACGUAUUCCAUUAUCAGCACUGACGAGUGCAAAACACUUCUGGCUAUAGACCCAACCUCAGGGAUAAUCCGACUGCGUCGUCUACCUACAACAAGCGUCACCAGUCUCAGUUGCAGAAUCCAAGCGUCAGAUAACAGCUACUACCUCGUUAAGACGACCAGCGUGGUGCUUGACGUAACGGUUAACCAGGGACAGUACCCAGUCUUUAACCAGGUGUCCUACAGAACCAGUUUAACAGAACAGGCACCUGUUUCGUCUGUUGUCUUUACAGUCACAGCCAGUAAACAAAACCUAGCUGGUACGAUGAUGUACGAACUCAUCGGCGUCUACCCGGCUCCCAGCUUCUUCAUGGUCAACAGCACUACCGGCGACGUCAGCAUCAAGUCCGACUUGAAGACUGAUGCGGCAGGAACAGCGCAGUACGAUCUGAAACUAGUCGCCUACGACUCCAGCAACCCGUCACGCCAGGCUACAGCUGACGGCACCGUCACGGUCACACGCAACGUCUUCGGUCCUGUAUUCACAUCGAAUUCACUGCAGACUAAAGUCGACUUCGACGUUGACAUUGACACGUGGUGUUUCCCCAUCAACGUCACCGACAGGGACAGCGAUGUCGUCACGUGUUCAUUCAGCGGUCAGACAUCAGCAUCCUCCGACUUCUUUACCAUAGAUCCCCGAACCUGUGUGGUGACCAUGAAACAGCCUCUGACAGCCGACGACGCCACCCAGGACAGCUUCAGGAUGAUGAUUCGGGCCACCGAUGACGGACGUAUACCCAGGACGACCACCACGAUCUUAACUGUCCAUGUUGUCCGUGAUGGUUCGAGUCCAAGGAUUGUCAAUCUGCCCACGUCCGUCAACAAGCAGGACACGGCUGCUGUGGGCAGUCCAGUGUACACUGUCCAGGUCUCGGACCCCGAUCUGCAGGGUGUUCUAAGAUGUGACAUCAUCGGCGACGGAUUGUCCAUCGCCCUCUUUCAAAUCGACAACCGUAAUCAAAUAACACUGAGGACUUCGUUGACAGUCGAUAGCCGCAAUGCCAUAUUCUAUGUUAUCCGAGUUCGCUGCUAUGAUACAACAUGGCCGACGCACACUGUCGACGGAGUGCUGACUGUGAGUGUAAGCCGGACCAGCACGAACCGAUCCGAGUGCGCUACACAGACUACCAACAAUGCACCAGUAUUCUCUGCUCCCGAGUACUUCGCCAGAGUGUCCAGGUCGGCCAGCCCUGGGGAGGUGCUCAUCCGCGUCAACGCCACUGAUGCAGAUGGGGAUGCUAUUGGUUACUCUGUUGUAUCGUCAUCGAUCGGAGCCUUGGCUUAUUUCAACUUGGACCCUGUCACUGGUCAGAUCUUUACACGUAACUCCAAAUUAGUCGAGGAUCUGGACCAGGACGAGGUCUCCUAUAACUUGGUGGUAGCUGCUAAUGACCCAUACGGCGGUCAGUCUACAACUACAGUGUAUAUCACCGUCCAGCCUCUCCAACUACCUGUGUUCGACGAGACAUACGUGUACGACGUGCGGGCUGCUCUCCCCACGGGGCAGAGAGUGUUGAUGGUCACGGCAACAAAGGCUGACCUGAAGGGUGUCUUACACUACAAGUUAACAGGUAUCUACCCAUCAGUAAACUAUUUCACCAUCAAUGGAUUAACUGGCGAGAUCUACCUCAACAAGACUCUCCAGUCAGACGAUAUAUUAAUCACGCGUCACAAGCUAAUCGUGGUUGCCUAUGAUACCGGUGAACCUAGCUCCGAGGCAACAACGGAAGCGAUAAUCAACGUGGUGGACACAAACCCAAGUAACCCCACCUUCUCCGAACCUGAAUACAGUUUGAAAAUAUCCCAGCUUUUUCCCAUUGGCGGAACAGUCUAUACAUUCACUGCCUUGGACCAAGAUGGGGACAACGUGACCUAUAGUCAGAGCGGGACUGAUCUGACCCGGAAGUAUUUCUUUGUGAAUCCGAUGACCGGUGAUAUAAUUCUCAGCGACGACCUGACAGCGUCCACAGAGCCUACAUUCACUAUCAUUGUCACUGCCACGGAUGAUGGAAUUCCACGAAAAUCUUCACAAGUUUCAGUGACCAUGUCAGUAGAAACCCAGAAUAAAAGGCCAGCGUUUGAAUAUCCUACGUGCAAUACAGACACCUCAGGAAAGUGCGUCAACCCUAUCUACUCGGUCACCAUAACUUCAGGAACUACGGGUGGACUGACAGUGUACCCUAUCCCCGGGGACAGUCCCCCUGCCCCUACUGACAUCCUGGCCAGGGACACCGAUGGUGGUAAACGUAUUGUGUUUGCCGUAGAACAGACUGACCCAGCUGGCUAUGCAGUGUUCUUCAACGUGUCCUCCUCCGUGGUGAACUCGACAUCUGACCUCUACAGAGCGACCUUGACCCAAACCAUUCCAAUCAACAGGCGGAAUGUCAGAGACCUCACACUCGUCCUAACGGCCAAGGAAAGGUCAUCAGUUGGAAUGUCUUCAAUAGCCCUUGUAUACGUGAAUAUUGGACCAUCCAAUGAAAACCCUCCUAUCAUUCGAAGUUCAACCAAUAGCUUCACAGGAUACAUCAGAGAAGAUGCGGAAACGUUUUUCUUCGUGAAAGACAGCCCUCUCCAAAGCGCUAUGAGGUUGAUAUACAGUGACCGUGAUGUUGUCCUAGGUGAUCCUGUACAGCAGUACAUCAGCUCAGUACAGGGCACCGACAGCUUCAGUGUGGACCCUGACGGUUAUGUCCGACUGGCCAACACACUAGACUACGACACCCAGAACAGAUAUGUCUUCCAGGUGACUGUCAGCGAGAGAGACACGACCCUCAGGCGGUCAGCCACGGUGACCCUGACGGUCAGUGUCAUCAAGACCCGGCCCCCCUCCACCACGUGUGACUGUAGCAAGCCCACGAGUGGAACGUUGGCUUGCACCGCUAGCAGGCUGGCUCGAUAUCUACCGACAAUACUUCUUGUGAUAUUCAUGAAACACAUAUAAAUGGCUUUAAUAUUUUAGACUGUGAUUAUGUGAUGUUUCCGCCCUUGCCUUUAAGUUAUUGCAUCAUGUGAUAUGAAAAGAUGAGGGAACACCUGUAUUUCAUAAAGAACUCGUUUCCAUGUUGAAAUGACUGUACUGUUGUCUUGGUUUAAAACAUGUUCUCAUACUUAUGGGUGCGAUGUCUCAUUUAUUGGUCAGUUGCAUUAAUUUGAAUGACUAAAUUAUUAUGUAUGGUAAGUACUUGUAUUUUAAGCCUCUUGUCCUCAAACAUUAUGUAUAUAUUAUUAUGUUGUGUUGUAAAUAUUAUAAAUAUAGAUCACUAUAUAAGUACACAUUGUCAACAAAAUCAUGGCUCACAUCCCCACUCAGUGUCCCAACAUAGAUUAUCCUUACAAAAAUGAAGUGUAUAAGAUUGUACAAAUGCAAACUAAGGCUUGGACUAAUACACAAGGUUUUCUCAAGGCAUGUGUGUGCGCGCGCACUCACGCACGCACGCACGCACACACACACACACACUAUUUUGAAGAUUUGUUCAUGAAAAAUCAUGAUGGUAUUGUUUGAGGAUGUAGUGUAAAGUCAGUUUCACAAUCCAUGAACCACAUUAUUUUCUCUUGUGCCAUACCAUUUCUGUAAAUGAAGCAAGUCUAGAUUUCCUCAGGU